UGAAAUUUCAACGACGAGGAGUUUCUGUAGAUUUAAUAUUAUAGAUUUUAUAUUAAAUGAAAUCUAUAAUAAGAAAUCUAUUUUAUGUAAUCGAUAACUGAAAAGAAGGAAUUUUAAAAUAUAUAUGACUAAAGAUUUUGGUUAUUGGAAGAAACGUGGAAUUCCUGAAGUGCCUCCGAAAUUCCUCGUUGGAUCAAUAGGAUAUAAUUUUAAAAGGAAUCAAGGUAAACAAGAACAAGAAUGGUACAACAAAUACGGAAAAAUAUUUGGAAUAUACGAAGGUUCUAAUCCCGCACUUGUUGUAGCAGAUCCAGAAUUAGUGAAAGAUAUUCUUGUCAAAGAUUUCCCUGUUUUUCCAGACCAAAGAGAACUGCGAUUUGGCGAUCCAAUUUUAGAUAAAGGGUUAUUUAUGCAAAGCGGAGAAAGAUGGAAAGCAUUGAGGACCAUGAUGUCGCCAAGUUUCACUUCUGGAAAAUUAAGAAUGAUGAGCAAAUUAAUGGAAGAAUGUUGUCAGAUUCUAAUCGAUAAUUUAAAAGAAGCAGCAAUGGAGAAUAGAGAAAUUGAUAUUACACAGUAUGCUAGUACUUUUACUAUGGAUGCAAUUGCCAGAUGCGCUUUUGGAAUUAAAAUAGAUUCAAGAAAAGAUCCAAGCAAUCCAUUUGUAACUGCUGGCAGAGAAAGUGUAUCUCCAGUUCCUUGGAGGUUCAUAGUGGCCAAUCUUUUCCCUAAACUCGCAAAGCUUAUUCGACUGUCAUUUUUUAAUCCCGAAACCACUUUAUUUUUCAAGAAUGUUAUUGAAGAAGUAGUGAGCAAGAGAAAAGAUUUAAAACAGGAAGAAAAACCGAAAGAUUUUUUACAAUUUUUACUAGAAGCCGUAGAAAACAACGAAGACAAAACGCAGAAAUUUGAAUUGGAUGAUGUCGUGAGUCAAUGUGUUACAUUCUUUAUUGCUGGAUAUUUUGCAACUUCUGUAGUUAUAUCGUUUGCUGCUCACCAAUUAGCGAUUAGUCAAGAUAUUCAAGAUAAACUAAUUAAAGAAAUAGACGAAACUGCAAAAGAAUCUGGAGACUUAGAUUAUGACGCCAUUGUUGGAAUGACAUAUUUAGAAGCAUUUUUUCAAGAAGUACUUAGAAAAUAUACUCCAGCAAUUAGAUUAGAACGCACUGCCGUUGAAGACUAUACAUUAAGGAAUACAGGAAUUACAAUAAAAAAAGGCACUGUUGUAAUAAUUCCUGUUUACUCUCUUAAUCACGAUGCCAAUUACUUUCCUGAUCCGGACAAAUUUGAUCCCGAAAGAUUUUUAUCUAAGAAGAGCAGCAUUAUUCCUUUUACAAAUUUACCAUUUGGAUAUGGGCCCAGAAGCUGUAUAGGAAUGAGGUUCUCAGUUAUGGAGAUCAAAAUGGGUCUAGUUAGAAUGUUACAAAUUAUUAGAUUUAAAUUGGGAAAAAACGAAACAGCAAUACCCGAUUUCGAUGAAGCACGAGGUCUUAAUAGAGCAAAGAGUACUUUCUUGAAAAUUGAACUUAGAAAAUAGCAUUAUACGCAAUUAUUUUUUAAUAUAUAAUUUGAAACUAAUUAUAAAUAAUUUUUUAAUAAUGUAAUAGUAUUAAGCUAAUGCAGACUAAACUAAUAAAAAUGAAUAAAUAAAAGCAAGUGGCAUUCAAAUUAGUAGUCUAAGGAUCGUUGUGGCAUUCUACAAAACACCUACGCUCGAAAAAAUUAGAACUCAUCCAUAAUGAGGUCGGCGAACACAAAAGUACGGAUCUAUCCCUAUUAUAAAAACAAUU